AUGUCGACCACAAAUUCAAGCGCACCUGUGUAUGUCAAUCCAAUACUAUUGCAAGUACCUCCUCUAUUAAAUAUUUAUCUUGGUACAUUCAUUUUAAUUACGGGCACUGUCAGUAGUAUUGGAAACUUUCUGGUAUUUAGCUCUCGAACCUUUCGCGCGCGAGCUUGUUCUAAUUACUUAAUAGCGGAAGCGGUAGCCGCAUUUUUCCAUUUUGAUUAUGUGUGUCUCACACGAGUUAUUCAAAACGGUUUCCAGAUUCCUGUUUUUAGCCGUUAUUCCGUCGUUUGCAAAACACGACAAUGGGUUUCGGAAUUUACACAUGAAACUGCAUUUAGCUUAUUUGUAUUGGCUACUAUCGAUCGAUGUCUAUCUACCCACCGCUCCGCUAUGGUGGAGCUUGCGGUCCCAUGGGGGGGCACUUACGAAAAAUUUGAUGCCUAUGCUGAAACACUUACGUCAGGCGUUCUACCAAAUAUAUUUGUAAUAGUAUUGGGUACUAUACUUCUGAGAAAUGUUCGAAGUAUUUCUCGAAGACGAGUAGUACCUACUGGAGGACCGCAACCCAUCAAUGAAAAGCUUUCACUUAUUCAACAAAUCGACGCACAAAUAUCAACUAUGAUACUACUACAAGCAUUUUUUGCUCUCCCUUCAUUUUUACCUUACGGCGCUCAAAACCUUUACUCCAGCAUUACUCUACAUUGGGAAAAAACACCACUAUAUCUCGCUUACGAGAAUAUUUUUGUUAACCUUAUACGGCUUCUCUCCUAUCUAUUCUAUGGUACAAGUUUUUAUAUAUCUUGCCUAUCCAGUCGUGGCUUUCGUAGACAAGUUCUGUGCAUACUGCGAAUACGAAAGCUAGGCAACAAUGUGAAUACUCAAACAAAAUCGACUCAUUGA